CUGGAGGCGCAGCACGGUCGCCGCCGCCGCUGUCGGUGCUGGAGAUCGCGGCUCGGUGCAGGCGGCGCCCAUGCCUCCUAUCCUCCGCUAGCCCGCGCGCCAGUCCGCCUGCCGGGGCCGGCUCUCCGCCUCCUGCCUCCCGCCGCAGCCGCGCAGCCGCCGCAGAGCCCGCGGCGCCACCGCUCGCCCUCCAGUCUCUGAUCUUCACUGGCAUACUGGGUUCCUCGGAAAAGUGGAAGACAUGAAGUAUGGAUGCAUAUAAUACCUGAGGAAAUCUCAAAGUUCUUCAAGUACCUUCAAAACAGCUGAUACAAGAAACCUGUUUGAUAUUCUGAGGGCAGAAAUGGGAAGUGGAGUUUUUUCAAGCUUGGAUAGCCCUUUUGGGAGAGUUUGAUGUCAGACAGCAUUGGUUUCUGUGUGGGCCUGCUACCCCUGGUGACAGGGAACUUGGUCACCCAGCCAGUCUCUACUAACUUCAGAUGGCCAUACCACCAGCAUGUGCUGUGGGAGAUACCAGAGGAUCCAGUGACAGUGUGAUUGGCUUUUGUAAACAGAGACAUAUUCUCAAGUUCUGCCAAUUGCUGGGAAAACAGCAAGAGAAGGAUAUUAAGGAGCCACCCCUAUAAUUUACUCAGAUAGCCCCAGCAAGGUCAAAGACAUAUCAUGUCCCAAGGAGAAAAGCUGCAGGCAUCUGAGGAUAAAUCACUGUGAAACAGCUUUGACCAUAAAGCUGACUUGGAAGACUUUGACUCCAAGGUGCAAGGUGGUUUGGACACCCUCAAUAUUGCCUGCUCUUUUCUAGUCAAACCUGAUUCAUGAAAUGGAAUGAAGCUGAAAAAUCAUCUACUUCUUUGUUUGUGGAUUUGAGAGAAGAUUGGGAUGGUCUUAAGUGCAUAAAACUAGACUCUAACUGCAGCGAUGAGUUCAGAUGAGAAGGUCAUUUCCCCUGCUCAUAAAACAUCCACUCCAACCCAUAGAAGUGCCUCCUCUUCAAUAUCCUCCCAAAGGGACAGUAGGCAGAGUAUUCACAUACUGGAGAGGACUGCUUCCUCUAGCACCGAGCCCUCUGUAAGUCGGCAAUUGCUAGAACCAGAGCCAGUCCCCCUCUCUAAGGAAGCUGACAGCUGGGAAAUUAUAGAAGGGCUGAAAAUAGGCCAAACCAAUGUCCAGAAACCAGACAAACACGAGGGCUUUAUGCUGAAGAAAAGAAAAUGGCCUUUAAAAGGCUGGCACAAGCGUUUUUUUGUCCUGGAUAAUGGAAUGUUAAAGUAUUCAAAGGCACCACUCGAUAUUCAGAAAGGAAAGGUCCACGGGAGCAUAGAUGUCGGACUCUCAGUCAUGUCAAUUAAAAAGAAAGCUCGAAGAAUAGACCUUGACACAGAAGAGCACAUCUAUCAUUUGAAGGUGAAAUCCCAGGACUGGUUUGAUGCAUGGGUCUCCAAACUGCGACAUCAUCGGUUGUAUCGUCAGAAUGAAAUUGUGAGAUCACCAAGAGAUGCUAGUUUUCACAUAUUUCCUUCAACGUCCACAGCUGAAUCCUCACCAGCUGCUAAUGUUUCUGUAAUGGAUGGAAAGAUGCAACCAAACAGCUUUCCAUGGCAGUCGCCUUUACCAUGCAGCAAUAGCCUCCCUGCAACCUGCACGACCGGCCAGAGUAAGGUGGCAGCCUGGUUACAGGACUCGGAAGAGAUGGACAGGUGUGCAGAAGAUCUUGCACAUUGCCAGUCCAACCUUGUGGAACUUAGCAAACUCCUGCAAAAUUUGGAAAUACUUCAGAGAACUCAGUCAGCACCUAACUUUACUGACAUGCAGGCUAACUGUGUAGAUAUUUCAAAGAAAGACAAGCGGGUCACAAGACGAUGGAGAACAAAAAGUGUCAGCAAAGAUACAAAAAUACAACUGCAGGAAGGGCCACCUGCGAAGGGCCAGUUCAGCACAACUCGGCGCCGGCAGAGGCUAGCGGCAGCAGUGGCUACAACAGUUCCUUUCAGUGCUACUAUGUCACCAGUUCGCUUGCAUUCCUCCAACCCCAACCUUUGUGCAGAUAUUGAAUUUCAGACUCCCCCUAGCCACCUCACUGACCCUCUGGAAAGUUCAACAGAUUAUACAAAGCUGCAAGAAGAAUUUUGUCUAAUCGCACAGAAAGUGCAUUCUCUUUUGAAGUCUGCGUUUAAUAGCAUAGCUAUAGAGAAGGAGAAGCUGAAGCAGAUGGUUUCUGAGCAGGAUCACAGUAAAGGCCACAGCACGCAGAUGGCACGGCUCCGACAGUCACUGUCUCAGGCACUCAACCAGAAUGCUGAACUAAGGAGUCGGUUGAACAGAAUACAUUCAGAGUCUAUUAUUUGUGAUCAGGUUGUCAGUGUAAAUAUUAUUCCUAGCCCUGAUGAGGCUGGUGAGCAAAUCCAUGUCAGUCUCCCCCUGUCACAGCAAGUAGCCAAUGAGAGCCGCCUCUCCAUGUCAGAGUCUGUUUCUGAGUUCUUUGAUGCCCAAGAGGUGCUCCUCUCUGCAAGUUCAUCAGAGAAUGAGGCUUCAGAUGAUGAGUCUUACAUCAGUGAUGUGAGUGAUAAUAUAUCUGAAGACAACACCAGUGUUGCAGACAAUAUUUCUCGGCAAAUCCUGAAUGGGGAGCUCACGGGAGGGGCCUUCCGAAAUGGGCGUCGAACAUGCCUGCCAGCUCCUUGUCCUGACACCAGUAACAUUAACCUGUGGAAUAUCUUGAGGAACAACAUUGGUAAAGACCUGUCUAAAGUCUCUAUGCCUGUGGAGCUAAACGAGCCACUCAACACCCUGCAGCACCUCUGCGAGGAAAUGGAAUACAGCGAGCUCCUGGACAAGGCUUCGGAAACUGAUGAUCCAUAUGAGCGCAUGGUUCUUGUUGCCGCAUUUGCAGUUUCAGGAUACUGCUCCACCUAUUUUAGAGCAGGAAGUAAGCCAUUCAACCCAGUCCUUGGGGAGACUUAUGAAUGCAUUAGAGAAGACAAGGGAUUCCGCUUUUUCUCAGAACAGGUUAGCCAUCAUCCACCCAUUUCUGCCUGUCACUGUGAAUCAAAGAAUUUUGUGUUUUGGCAAGAUAUCAGAUGGAAAAACAAGUUCUGGGGGAAGUCGAUGGAAAUCCUGCCUGUUGGAACACUGAAUGUCAUGCUUCCAAAGUACGGAGAUUACUAUGUGUGGAAUAAAGUCACCACUUGCAUACACAACAUCCUCAGUGGGAGAAGAUGGAUAGAACAUUAUGGAGAAGUAACCAUCAGAAAUACCAAAAGCAGUGUUUGCAUCUGCAAACUCACAUUUGUCAAGGUGAAUUAUUGGAAUUCUAACAUGAAUGAAGUCCAGGGGGUGGUGAUAGAUCAGGAGGGGAAGGCGGUGCACCGGCUGUUUGGAAAGUGGCAUGAAGGACUCUACUGCGGUGUGGCCCCCUCUGCAAAGUGCAUUUGGAGACCAGGUUCCAUGCCAACCAACUAUGAGCUGUACUAUGGCUUCACAAGGUUUGCUAUUGAGCUCAAUGAGUUAGAUCCAGUACUGAAAGAUCUCCUUCCACCAACAGACGCCCGGUUCCGGCCAGAUCAAAGAUUUUUGGAAGAAGGAAGUUUAGAAGCUGCAGCAUCAGAGAAGCAAAGAGUAGAGGAACUCCAGAGAUCUCGGAGACGAUAUAUGGAAGAAAACAAUCUUGAACAUAUACCAAAAUUUUUUAAAAAAGUUAUUGAUGCCAAUCAAAGAGAAGCCUGGGUUUCUAAUGACACCUACUGGGAGCUUCGAAAGGACCCUGGGUUUAGCAAAGUAGACAGCCCUGUUCUUUGGUAGACUGGCAAUGUAGAGCUAGCCAACAUAUCACAUUCUGAAUGAAUAAAUAACUAUGCACAAUUAUGUUUCUUAUAGCUAUGUAUGGUUUCUGGGUUGACUGAAAACCUACCAUUUGCUUUUCUAUUCAUCUUUAUAAUGGACUUUCAGAAGUGCAUUAGACAAGGCCCCUAACCACUUUGGGAUCCUUUCUGUUUUGCUGCAACCAUAUUCCUUAAAAAAAAAAAAAAAAAAAAAAAAAUCCACACCAUCCUUGGAAAGCAGAAUAAAAGAAGCAGAAUAUAAAAUCCAAAGUCUGACCAGUUUGUAAAGAAAAACAAAUGGUAACUGGUGCUUAAAGCUGAUCAAGAAAGUUAACAACAACAUAGAAACCACACAAUUGUUCCACUGUCUGGAAGCACCAUCCCCUAUCACAGGACUCCUGGGCCACAAGCAAUCGGUCAGUGCAGACUUCAAGUGUGUCUGUUUGAUGUGGUGUGAUUGUGCUGGCCUUGUUGAAAAAGAUGUGAUGCUUCUCAGAACCUGUUCCAUCUGUAUGCCAUUGUUCAUGCCUUAAGAAAUGCAAAGAUGUACAAUAAAUCAUUUUUUAAAUGUGUGCUCAUAGGUUUAUGUGAAGAACAGAUUUUUUGAAUCAUGGCAUGAUUCAUUUUCUCAAUCAGAACAAUUAUGAGACUAACUUAAAUGGGUUUUUUAAAAGUGAACAACACGUGCUUUACUUUGAUAAGUCAGUUACCAUAUUGUAUGUCUGAAGGGAACGAAGGAAAAGGUGUGCUAAGUAGGUCUCUGUAUUUACAUGGCUCGUUAAUUUCCUGUCCUGCGUCCAGAUAAUAAACCAUCCCUCUUCCACCUAA